AUAUAAGCAGACACAAUAAAUCUCAUGCCAUUGAUGUGCAAUAGUACAAGCAGAUGAAUAGCAUCAUAAUUAUGGAUUUGCUGAGAAAGAUACUAAUUUUUGCUGUGAUUCUACUCUGUUCUCAAGGAUCGGAAUCCCUCGCUGUUGCGGGUGCGCCACCACCGUGCAGCAGAUUUAAGCGUUCUGCACCAAGCGGCUCUGACAGUGUUCAACGCUAUCCUGACGAACUCUGCUGCAUCGACUGUGAACCGAACCGUCUGUGCCCAUUACUGAGAUCUCCGAACAAUGGUGUUGUCAGAGUGAACGAUGGCAGAGCUACCUACACUUGCAACAAUGGGUAUACACUUUUUGGCUCAUAUUCUCGUUUUUGCUUGUCCAGUGGUAGCUGGUCUGGAUCUAAUCCCUCCUGCCAAUUAAUUUCAGGAGCUACAUGCCCUGUACUGAAUAACCCAAGCAAUGGUCAAGUGUCUGUUAGCUCACAUGCUAUUGGAGGGACAGCUAUUUACAGCUGCAACACUGGAUAUGGACUGACUGGUUCAUCUUCUCGUACUUGCUUAUCCAGUUGUAACUGGUCUGGAUCUAACCCCUCCUGUCAAUUAAGUAAGCUAUAUUAUAGUUUUUGUGUGAAUUAUCAUUUUAUUUUAGUUUCAAGACUGACAUGCCCUGUACUGAUUAUCCCAAGCAAUGGUCAAGUGUCCGUUAGCUCCUAUUUUAUUGGAGGCAUAGCUACUUAUAGCUGCAAAACUGGGUAUAGACUCUCCGGUUCCUCUUCUCGUACUUGCUUGCGCGGUUGCUACUGGUCUGGAUCUGAUCCCUCCUGCCAAUUAAUUGCAGAAAAUUGCCCUGUACUGAAUAACCCAAGCAAUGGUCGAGUGUCCGUUAGCUCUUAUGUUAUUGGAGGGAGAGCUAUUUACAGCUGCAAUAUUGGGAUAGACUAUCUGGAUCAUCUUCUCGCACUUGCUCGUUCAGUGGCAGCUGGUCUGGAUCCAAUCCCUCCUGUCAAAGAAAGUGUCCCACACUGAAUAACCCAAGAAAUGGUCAAGUUUCCAUUAGCUCUUAUUAUGGAGGAGGCAGAGCUACUUAUUGCUGCAACACUGGGUAUGAACUGUUUGGCUCAUCUUAUCGUACUUGCUCUUCUAGUGGCAGUUGGUCUGGAUACAAUUCCUCUUGUCGAACUGUAGGAGACGGGCCACAAAGAUAUCCGAGGCUACAGGAGGAGGACCACAUAUAUGGGAGGGGAUGCAACAUCCCAUACUGAAAGACAAUAUAAUCUCUAUGACUAUAUACAUUAUUUAACUUGUAUUUAUGGUUGCUGCUAUAAUAUAGAUCUAGUAAAAGAGUGUUCUAGUUAACUUGUUUGAUUUCUGUGCUGACAAACAUGUAUAGUCACUAUAAAUU